AAAACAAAGAAAACACAAAAAACACACACACUUUCCAAAAAUGAUUUCAAUCACACCCACCACUCUCGUCCUCCAUAGAAACCCUAGCUUCUUCUUCUUCUUCCCCUCCACCACUACCAGACCAAACCCUAGCUUUCCCUCUUUCUUCACAAUCCGAUCCUCCUCUGCCUCCUCCUCCACCAGCCUCCAAGAGCUAGAGAAGGAGCAGGGCGAGCUCCGCUCCGAGCUGUACGCUUCGGCUCCGUUCCCGCCGAUCAAGUCCGCUAAGAGAGUCAUCCUCGUCAGGCACGGCCAGAGCACGUGGAACGAGGAGGGUCGGAUCCAAGGGAGCUCCGAUUUCUCCGUACUCACCAAGAAAGGCGAGGCUCAGGCUGAGACUUCGCGCCAAAUGCUCAUCGACGACUCCUUCGAUGCUUGCUUCUCCAGCCCCUUGAUACGAUCGAAGAGAACGGCUGAGAUCAUAUGGGGAUCUCGUGAAACUGAGUUGAUUACUGAUUCUGAUUUGAGAGAAAUCGACUUAUAUUCGUUCCAAGGUCUUUUGAAGCAUGAGGGGAAAGCAAAGUUUGGUCCAGCUUUUCGUCAAUGGCAGGUAGAUGCCGCAAAUUUCAACAUAGAUGGUCAUUAUCCAGUUAGAGAGUUGUGGGCGCGUGCUAGGAGCUGCUGGACUAAAAUUUUACUCCAUGAAAGCAGGUCUGUUCUUGUGGUUGCACACAAUGCUGUUAAUCAGGCUCUCGUUGCAACAGCGAUUGGUUUGGGAACGGAGUAUUUUAGGAUUUUACUUCAGAGCAAUUGUGGUGUAAGCGUUUUAGAUUUUACCCCACAGCCAGAGGGCGGGUCACCUUUUAUAUGUCUCAAUCGUUUAAAUCAGACCCCGAAUUCACCUAUUGCUGCUGGAAGUUCUGGAGGCAGAAAAACGAGUAAUCGGAUCAUACUUGCCUGCCAUGGAUACACACAAAGCAAUACAGAAGCUAGUACUUCUGAGGAUCUACCAAUGAACAUGCUCGGGAUUAUACAGUCCCAGAAAACUGCGGAGCUACUCCUUGAUUUGAAAGUGAGUUCCAUAAUUAGCAGUCCUAAGAAAGCUUGUUUUGAGACAGCCAUGGUUAUCUCCAGAGUACAAGAAGCUGCAGAUUGCUUGGGUGCUGACUGUGUGCCACGCUAUGUGGAGAUGAAGCAGAUAGAGUACCUUGAUGUUGAAAACAUCCUUCAGCAAUCAGACAGGGGUGCAACUGAGGUUUCAUCUCUUCCACCUGGUUGGUUAAAUAAAUAUGAGGAUAGAAUUACAUCAGCAGUAUGGAAUCAAUCUGAGAAGGCUUGGCAAUUGCUGUUGGGUGAGCUGUCUGCUGAAUCCGAGCCAUCAAAGACAGUUGUUGUAGUUGGCCACCCUGCAAUUCACAUAGCAUUGAUGGGGCAUUGCCUAAAUUUGACUAAAGAAUGGAUGGGAUCAUUUCAUCUUGAUGCAGGGAGCAUUAGUGUCCUUGAUUUCCCCGAUGGCCCUUCCGGAAGAGGGGUUAUUCGGUGCAUAAAUUACACUGCCCAUUUGGGGAGAUGGUCAAUACCUAUCACUAGAUCAACAGUGGAUGACGAAGAGUUUUGAUUGUAAACAUGUAUAGUUCUUAAUUAAACUUGGAAAUAAUACUUCCAUCACCAAUUAAAGGAAUAUCAAGGUGUAUGUGAUCAAAAUGUAGAUUAGAGGAAAUGAAAUACUUACAUGUCCAAGUAAUGGAAUAUCAAUGUGGAUGUGAUCAUGAUGUAUAUAAGAGGAAAUGAAUAACCCAGUUUUAAAUUUCUAA